AUGCAAACAAUUAUGCUUAGCAGUCGUGUUACAUUAGUGUUGUUUUUAACCUUGCUUACAGUUAUUUCAACUGCUCCAAUAGUUGAUAGUGAAUUAGUUACGAAUGAACUAAUUACUGAAUCUACUAAUACAACAAUAACCGAAUCUUUUGCUUAUGAAGAUGAUAAAUAUGUAACUGUUGAACAAUCACAUGAAACAGAAGAACAAGAUAUUCAAUCAACUCCAGUCAAUUAUGAAGAAGAAACAACGUGUAUUUCAGAAGAUCCAACUACUGAUCUUAUUGUUGUCAAUAUUAAUGAAGCAUCUGCUAAUAUUGAUAACGUUAUUAAUGCAACUGGUCAUAUUCUCAUCGAUAUUGAAACAGAUUUAACUACAUCUGCAAUAACUGAAAAAUUGAAAUUUACUCAAUCAACAACAAUUGAUGAUGAACAAAUUCAAUAUUCUAUCAUGCAACAUUAUCAAAAUUGA